CUACAGCCAUAGGUAGGACAGCACAAACGCAAGCAUUUUGUCAUUUGUUGGAAACAAUUGGAGCGUCCGUGUGCAAAACCGAUUGCUGUAGUUUGUACAAAACAAUUAUUGUAGCGUCUCAGCAAAAUAUCACUAGUCUCCUCCUGUGGCACACUUUGCGGAUAUGGUUUACCUGGAUUUUCAGUCCAGGUUCUGAAAAUAAACUUGAGAGGAACGCAGUGGAAACGCUUCGAAUGGAAAGCAGAUAAAGAAGACGUAUCUAUCAAAUCGGGACCUAAAACUUUUUUCAAAAGGGAGUAAGUCCAGUGUGAGGUGGGAUGUCUAGCCGUGAAUCUGUGGGGGACCUGAUCCCCCAGGACCUGGCGGAGGUAUUUGCCCAUGAGAGGCUCACCAAAGGGGGCCGAAGGAAGAAACGUCGGGGCUCCCUGGGCCGGGCAUUCGGCUGGCUCAAAGGGAAGAAGAAGAAGGACGUCAAUGCCAAUGGACAGAGCCAGGACUUUAAUCCAGGCCGGCCGAUGACGGGCAAGACCUUGACACAGGGCCACAACCAUGCAGUCCCAAAGCAUGAGGAUGAUGGGACUCGCGUCCCUCCACACUUCCAGGAGAAUGUGUUCAUCGAAGGCAGCCGGCCUAAGUACCUGGAGGACCUGCACACUGAGGCCCUAGAGGGACUCAAACUGCAGCAGCAGGAAGAAACCAAUAAUUGGGUGGAUUACCAGGAUGACCAGAGCGUCACAUCGACAGUGACCCGGCUGCCAGACGACACUGAGAGUGACAGUGAGAGGAGAGGCUAUCUGUCAGACAGCACCAUACCAGACACAGCGUCACAGGUCUCAACACGCUCCACUGUCUCCACACGGUCCUCACGGUCAGGACUGACCCGCCAAGCAUCAACCUUCAGGCCCCUGAAGCCAGAAAAGGCCAAGGCCAGGAGGAYACACAGGAGAACCACAGUUAUGGGGAUACCACAUCAUGUCCAGAGGGAACUGGGGUUGGACAGAGCCUCAUGGGCAGGUCGUCAGAUUAUAGAUGAGGGUGGGCUCCCUAACGGUGAGAGUCUGGACUUCCCCACCAUCGAUGGGCCUCAACUGGCUGGUUCCCAAGAGGGGGUGAGGAUGUACCUCCAGUCCGUAGAAGGCCUGCAACCUGUCUGUGAGGACCAGAUCCAGAAGGUCCCCUCCCGGGCCAGACACAGGGACGACCUGGCUCUCCUCCAGCACAUGGGCCCUCAGCUGUCCGACCUGAAUCGGCCCAAGUCCCUGGCUGUCCCCUGGAUGACCACAACCUCUAGCCUGCUUCAGCUGCACCCCGGCCCCGUCAUGUCCAUGUCCCCCCAGGCCACCUACAUGUCUAAGAUCAUCCCCAACGCUGUGCUGCUACCCUCCAUAGACGUGGUGGAGAUCACCCGGAACCGUAGUCGGAGCAGCGUUCGUACUGUCAGUAAGAGCAGCCUGCUGCUGGCCAGCCCUGCCUCCUCCCGCGCCUCCUCCCGUGCCUCCUCCAGAGCCUCCUCCAGAGCCUCCUCCCACGCCUCUACCAUGUCCUCUGCCUCCCGCUACAACCCACCACACUUCUCUGACAGCUCUGGAUGGAGCCACUCUGAGUCCUCUGAGACCCUGGUGUCUGACUCUUCCACCAUCUCCUCCAACAGCACCACCAGACAGGGGGGCUCACAGGGUGGGGGUGGGGAGGGUUCAUCCAGGGAGACGUCCCUGGACAGCAAGAGUAUCCACUCCUCUGUCAGUAAGGCCUCCAGGACCUCCGCCACCAACGGCAAAGGGAAAGCUAGAGGGGAUGAUGGCAAACAGGAGGGGCCCUUCGCCCGGAGCAUGUCUGUGAUGAAGUCCAAGAGGGCACCGGCCCCACCCAGCCGCUCCUACUCCCUACACAAGGACAACAUGAAGAGGCACUCGCGAGACCUGAUUGACAACAUGGUUACUGCCCCUCCCCAAAGCAGCCCAUUCCAGGGCGGGGAGGUUAAGGCUGUCGGUGCUGGGGAAAGUAACAACAGUAGCCCUGGCUACACAGCAGACACCAGCUCUCUGGAUGAGUCUUCAGGCUCUGUGACAGCCAGCCCCUUCAACACCCCACAGCAGGCAGCCAGGGAGAAGGUGAGGAAUGAGCAGCCAGGCUCCACAGGCUCCUCUCCCCAGAAACAGACCCCCCAGGAAAAUGGCCUGAAGAAUGUCUCUCCCUCCAGCGGCUACUCCAGCCACGGUGGCACGCCCACCCUCCUUUCCAAACAGACCCAUAACCCAUCUCCAGGGAAAAAAAGAGGCAUCCGAGCAAUCAUCUUCCCAAUGGCACCAUCGCUGGCAGCUUCAGCCCCAUCACUUGUCAUUCAGCCCCAGGCCUCUGACAGCAGCAAGACGCCUGAGCCAGUCGCCACUGUAACUCCCUCACCUUCAGUCAUGUCACUCAGAGAGCCGUUCAACAUCCCGCCCCCACCCAAGGUGUCUGCCCCCUCUCCUCCUCCCCCGGAGGUAUGGGCACACAACAAGUGCACCUUUGAACUGCUGCUAGGUCCCCCGGCCCCCAACAACACGGAUACGGUGGUGCGAAAGAACCCAAAGGAUCGACGACAGCAGAGGCAGUCUCCUUCCACAUCAAGAGAGGGUUAUGUUAAGAACGUGUCACCUGAGAGGAGAAAUGAGGAGGCAGCACCAGAGCAGGAGGCAGGAGGUGUGUUGGAGAGGGUCACUGAGCCUCAAGCUAAAGAGCAGACAGGUCCAGCAGACCAGGAAAGGGUACAGUCUUCCGUUGUGGAGACUAGUAAUCCAGCAGCACGUACGUUUGAGUCAGGAAAGGGUCAGGAGAGUGAAGUAGCACAGAAGGUUGAAGAGAGGGUCCAAGGAAGUCAGUUGGGAGUUGAAGAGAAGGUGCAGGGAAGUCAGUUGGWGGUUGAACCAGAGAGGGUCAUUGUAAAUCAGUUGAUAGGUAAACUAGAGAAGGUCCAGACAAGUCAUUUGGUAAAUGGAAAAUCGGUGAACGCCGCAGUAGCUCCAGGAAAGGGCCUAGGAAAAGUAAAGACAGAAAUACAGACUACUACUCCUGCUGCAGCCAAAAAGACUGAAUUCCAACCUAAAAUGGACACGUCUAUGGUAAGCCCUGCUCUAGCACACAUCUCCCCAUCUCCGUCUCCUCCCCCAGCACACUAUCCUCCCCUUCCCCCUUCCAAACAGACCCCACCUGUGGCCCCCUCAGACUCUAUGCCUGCUCCAGAGCCGCCACUAGUCUCCACCACUGGGGAAUCCUCCUGGCCCCCUCCCCCUUCUCCCAUGGACUUAGCCACCCUUGGCAAUGAGCUUGACCUGCCCAUUCCCCCACCACCAAGGGUAGUUAUGACAGAACAUGUGCCCCCUGUUUCAUCUGUACUACAGGGAAUCCCACCUCCACCCCAGGGUAUCCCACCUCCACCUCCCCAAGAAGCCCCACCUCCACCAAAAGCAAAGUUUGGUCCUCCCUCCUACAUCCCUCCACCUCCCCAAAGUAUUCCACCCCCACCUCCACUGGAAAACAUACAGCAGCACAGUCCAGUGACCACAGAGAGACAGAACCAAGAGAAGUCCCUCAGCAAGAGCUCUUACUCUCCCACUCCCACAGAGGAGGGCUCCACUCCCGUGGUCACCCCCACCCUUCUGCAGACGGUCAAGCUGAGGUCUGCCAAUAAUGGUGACCAGGAUCAGGAAAAGGACCAGGGACAGGACUGUACAGGAGUCACUUUGAGGGCCAAAAAACCCAGUAACGGUGAGGCUCCCCAGAAGCCUAUUCGAAGGUCUCUCUUCAUGACAUCUCCCCCUCCCACUGUCACAUCCCCAACUACGACUGUUAUCUCACAAUCUCCCAUAGCCCAACCCCCACAGGCAGCCCCAGCCACAGAGGCAACCCCACAGGCAGACUCAAAGCCUGCUGCAGCCCCCGUGACAGCCACAGAGGCAACCCCACAGGCAGACCCAGAGGCUGCCACAUCCCCAGAGGCAACCUCAGCCCCGGAGGCAGCCACAGCCUCAGCUCCAGAGGGAGCCACAACCCCAGCCACAACCCCAGAGGCAGCUGCAGAAACAGCUCCAGAGGGAGCCACAACCCCAGCCACAACCCCAGAGGCAGCUGCAGAAACAGCUCCAGCCACAGUCCCAGCUGAGGCCCUGGAGGUAGCCACAGCCUUAGCUGAAACCCCAGCCAAGCCCCAGCCCAGCAUACUUAAUUUACCCUUAAAGUCAUCCACUGUCACCUCUCCUACGAGGAAGUCACCUCCUGCCUCAGCCAUCACCCCCUCCAUGAGGAUGCAGGAGGCCAUCCGCUUGAGGACAGCAUCCAGAAGUAAAGAGGGGCCUCCCUCUCGUCUCAGUCUGCACUCUCCAACAAGUCUCAAGUCUCCCUCCUCCACCGCCAGUUUCAUCUUUGCCAAGAGCACAAAGAAGAUUGUCAUAGAGACCCCCUCAUCCCCUGAGGCCCAGGCCAAUCUCACAAAGAACCUGAUAGCUGAGCUUUCAUCUGUGUCUAUUCCAGCCAAGUCCACAGACACACAGAAGGUGGUGGUCAAGGUGCCUCCACCUGUGUCAAGGAAACCCAAGUCUAAGGUCAAAGAGACAGAGCCCAGUGUGGAGACUGAGCAUGUGCAAACUGCGGGUCAGGAAGCAUAGCCAGCAGACAGCACUGAGGGUGUUCCAGAGGGUCCAAGCGGGACAGCAGUGCCACCAUUAUCCUCCACAUGAGCAACACUGCCACUAAGCAAGGAUUAAUCAUUCACAAAGACAUUGACUUUUAUCUGUACAUUGAGAAGACACCAUAUGUCAAGCACAAUAUGCAAGAGGGAGAGAGAUGGAUAAAAAAAAGAAGUGAGCGGAUGACGCAUACAGAACAGAGCCUUCUGAAGACAGGGCAACUGGACAUAACUAAAUGUAACCCUCUCACAUAAGAGCUCUUUGAGUUUGAAAUCCUUUGAGUGUAUGUUAAAAUGGUGUUGGUCUUUAAUUUUUCUAAUACUCUUGUUGUAUUUUGGAGCAUUUUUCUUUGGCAGAGGGACUUCUUACUGGUCUGAUUUAAUAAUGGACAGUCAGUCAGUCACAGUGCAUGCUGGUCUAGAGGUUGCCCUCUAGUGUCAACUAUGGAAUGUCACAGCUACUGCYGUUGGGUACGGCAAACACUUGUCUGGAUUAUAUACCACAAUGUUGGAUUUUUGAUAUAUUCAUAUCGUUAUAAGAUAAUGCACUAUUAGAAUGUGUUGAGUUCUUAUUUCAUCCAUGUUUGUUGUAAUAAAAUAAUUUACCUAAAUUAUUUGUCCUGUAGACAUCUUCCCAUUUAGAUUUUGUGGGAAAUGUGAUGUUAUUUUAUGUUUUCUAUGUCAAUAUGUGGCAAUCUUUCCUGAUGURAUCAUAUUUCCUUAUCUCCUUAGCUACUAAAAUGCUAUCAUCAGAGCUGGGUGAUGCCACUAGUUCUAGAAUGAGGAUGAGAAUCAUAUUCAUGAUGAGAAUCCKAAUUUUCAUGGUCAUGUUUUGUUUUUCUUUUGUUGGUAUGAAUGUACACAGACUUUUACAGGAAUCUCYCCCUGCGUGUAAAUCAAAUCUCACAGAUUUCAUCUGAAGCACAGUUUAUGAACGUAACUGGUCAUUUAAAAAGACUAUUGGGGCAAAUCUUUGUCUUGCUUUUAGUUAUAUCCUGCAAAUGUUGAUACAUUUCCUUUCAACCAGAUGGGAGCUACAUUAUACAUUGCAUUUAUGUUACUAAUUUGUACAGAAAUUGGGAUAUUGCUCAACAAUGAAACAUCUGCUUUGAAAGUACAUAUUAUUUAGUGAUUUCAAUGAUUGUAGAAAAGUAAUCUGACAUGAUUAUGUAUAGUUUCAUUUAUUUCAAGAUAACAGAAUAAAUGAAUUUCUUCACAAUGAA